AUGGCUGCCGCUGCACAGCUCAGCUCAGCUGCUCUCAGGAUCCCAGAGAGGUCCGUCUAUGGCGGCUCCUUCGCCACAUUCUCGGGAUUGUCGGCUGAGAAGACGUUCACUGCUCGCAUGACCGUCAGCGUGCAAGGUCAAACCAGCCACUCGGCUCUGCUAGUGGAAGCCAGGGAGGCAACCCGGAGAGAGAAGGUCAAGAACCGUCACAUGCGGAUCCGCAAAAAGCUGAAUGGCACCACUGAGAGGCCACGCCUCGCUGUGUUCCGCUCCAACAACCACAUCUACGCCCAGGUGGUGGACGACACCAAGCAGCACACUCUCGCCGCCGCGUCCACCCUCACACCCGCCCUCCGCGAGGAGCUGAAGCUCACGUCCGGCCCCACUGUGGCGGCAUCGCGGCGUGUGGGACAGGAGAUUGCCAAGAUCUGCUUGGAGAGGGGUAUCAGCAAGGUGGCCUUUGACCGUGGGGGUUUCGUGUACCACGGCCGCAUUCAGGCUCUUGCGGACGGUGCUCGUGAGGGCGGCCUUGAGUUUUAA